AUGUCUCAACCUCAACAAUCCCAACCCCCACCCCCGCACCACGAAAAUAUUGUGGAAAAAAUCUUUGAACAUCACGGUCAUCACCACAAGGAUGAUGGAGAGGAAAACAAAACCGAAUCACAACCGAAAGCUCCGCAGAAGGAAAGUGCGAAGGAGAAGUACAAGGAUUGGUACCACAAGGAAGAGAAUGAGGAAGAAGAAGGAGACACAUAUGGAGGUUUGAUGUGA